UCCCAAAGCCCUCGGGACAGCCUAGUCCUUUAACAGCACCCGGCAAGAGUACCGAUCUCGGAACCACUGUGAUUGGUUCUCGGAUGCUACCGAAGAAAGCGAGAGGAGAUUGGUCCAAACUUUGCAGCCGAUUCUGUGCCGACCCUAAAGACGAACCCUUGUUACAAAUCAAAACCGCCUUGGAACGGCAAGUUUCAUCUUCUCUAAGGCUCCUGGCCUGACGCCUGCGCAAACUGUAGAGCCGGAGCUAUGGCGACCCUGUACCCCCCAGCAGAGGGAGUACAGUCGGACCUCUCCUCUGCUACCCAGCAGGAGGAAAAGCCGCAAACACCCAACUAUGCUGUCAAACUUACUCUUUCCGGGCACUCGGCGGCCAUAUCAUCAGUUAAAUUUAGUCCUAACGGAGAAUGGCUAGCAAGUUCUGCUGCUGAUACACUGAUUAUAAUUUGGGGGGCAUAUGAUGGGCAAUGUAAGAAAACACUCUGUGGUCAUAAUCUGGAAAUAUCAGACGUUGCCUGGUCUUCAGAUUCUAGUCGUCUCGUUUCUGCCUCAGAUGAUAAGACUCUAAAGUUAUGGGAUGUGAGAUCUGGAAAAUGUUUGAAAACACUGAAGGGACACAGUGAUUUCGUCUUCUGCUGUAACUUCAACCCGCCAUCCAACCUCAUUGUUUCGGGGUCUUUUGAUGAGAGUGUGAAAAUAUGGGAGGUGAAAACAGGAAAGUGCCUCAAAACAUUGUCUGCCCAUUCGGACCCUAUUUCUGCUGUACAUUUUAAUUGUAAUGGGUCCUUGAUAGUGUCGGGGAGCUAUGAUGGUCUUUGUAGAAUCUGGGAUGCUGCGUCAGGCCAGUGUUUGAAAACACUUGCUGAUGAUGGUAACCCUCCCGUGUCCUUUGUAAAAUUUUCUCCAAAUGGUAAAUAUAUUCUCACUGCAACUUUGGACAAUACUCUUAAACUGUGGGAUUACAGCAGAGGCAGAUGCCUGAAGACAUACACUGGCCAUAAGAAUGAGAAAUACUGCAUAUUUGCCAAUUUCUCUGUUACCGGUGGAAAGUGGGUUGUGUCUGGCUCAGAGGACAACAUGGUUUACAUCUGGAACCUUCAGACUAAAGAGAUUGUACAGAAGUUACAAGGUCACACAGAUGUUGUGAUCUCAGCAGCUUGUCACCCUACAGAGAACAUCAUUGCAUCCGCAGCAUUAGAAAAUGACAAAACAAUUAAACUAUGGACAAGUGACUGCUAAGGUCUCUGGCAGUCACUGACAAGAGCUAAGUUAGAAGCAAAAGAGAAAGGAUGAUUUCUCUUAAGUUUGGCAUGGUUUUAUAAUUUGUUUCAAAUUGUCUCUGAUUGUGUGAGCUUGAGACAUUUUAAUUUGUGAAAUGAAACUACUGUUUAUAAAAGCAAGUCUAGGUCCUG